GUGGUUAUGUUGCGGUAGAAUUAAGUUUUAAAUUUAUUUAUAAGUGAAAAGGGUGAAUAUUAGUUUAGCAGCGGCAAAAAUGGCAACCUCAAAUUCUAAUAUAAUAAAACAAAUAAUCGAACUAAAAAAAGAGAACGAAAAACUUGAAACCACUAUCAACUAUCUAAAAAUGGAAAAUUUCGAGUACGCUCUUAAAUGCAACCGAAUUGAGAACAUUUUGUGUAACGUCAAAACUGUGACUCAGAAGAACGCUAAGAAGCUAUUGGGGGCUUCGCAAAAUGUGUGCAGUAUUUUAGAAGAAUGCGGCCCUGAACAAGCAGAAGCACGAAAAACGACAGCUGUGACACCUGAAGUUCUGCAACGUCGUUCACAGAGUAAUAAAAAAUCACUUAAAGAAAACUCACUUAGAUUUAACAAUAAAGCUCAUGUUGUAAAGCCGCACAUGGUAAAUGGAACUGUGCUACAUAUUCCAACCAUUAACCUUACACGUGUUUCUGAUUUGCAUUUACAGUCAUCAGUGCCAAGUAGUUCAAAAAAAGAUGAAACAAAUUCUUCGGAGAGUGAUAUAGUGGUUGAUACUACAAAUGACGUCACUGAAGCUGAACCUAAUCUCUCACAAGAUUUUAACACUGAAAACCAACUUUCGACACUGGGGGAGGUUUCUAAUGCUUCAACGUCACAGUCACCAGCACAUUCAACCGUUCUGUCUGGAAAUUUCCAUGAGGUAAAAAUUUUUGUGACUCCCAUGAGCCAAAAAUCUGGCAAAGCUGCAAAUGCCAAACGUCGGACGAAAACUUCGAAUUCUCGGCGGACUAAAUGUAGGUAGAAAGAAAAAUGUGUACACAUGGUCAAGAAAAAAUACAUUUCAAAAUGUGGUUACAAUGUGUGAGAUAUUUCACGUCAAAGGGAGCGCUGCUGAGGCUUAGAGCGGUGUCUUGGUCCUGGUCAUGGUCGGCGACUUUCCCGGUCCUGGUUUGGUCCUGUUGUCAUUUAUUUAUUUGAGUACAUCCCUUUUUUUUGUGAACUUUAUUCUGAUUUUUUUUUAUUUUUCAGUACAACAUAUGUCUUUAAA